AUGGAACGGAGCAGUUUUCGGACAUCACAACGAUUUUCCAGAGACCGCCCGCCUUCAACGAAUUUGAAUGAGGCCGAUGCGAUUUUCACCAUCGCAACAACAUCAGCGGCUCGCUAUGUAUCGGAUAGCAGCUCAGACAAUACAUGCCGUCUAGACGAAGCAUUGAAUGGAAUGAUUCGACACGUGUCCGAUGUGGAAAGAGUAACACGAUUAUCACUGAAGAAUCGGCAACUUAAAGAGUUCUUGUCGUAUUCACCAGUUAUUUUAAAUGCUUCAACUACAAACAUUGUAACUCGCUCGAAAUUCUACCGUCUCCUCUUCUCAAUCGCUCAUCACAAUAUUCCAAUCCGCAGAUUCAUGGCUGGAGAGCUCCGCCUUCUUGGUGCAGUUUUCUCAUGUUUGAAAGCGUCACUUCGUGAAGAAUUAGGACCACAAAAUAUGAUUGAUAUACUCCGAUUACUACAAGUUUUAAGUUACGAAAAGAAUGUGCCAUUAGAGCACUGGGCGAAUGAUCUCAUCUCGUUCUUGAUGCAAGAGGUGGUACGAGAACCGGAGCCCGAAUGGAUGCCAUACUGUAUUGCGAUACUGUGUAAUCUAGCGUCCGCCUCGAAAUCUGCGUGUAAACGAAUUAAAAUAUCCACGUCAUACAAGAAAUUUAGCCGACAGUUGAUGAAAUUAUUGCAGCAUAAUGCGAGAAUAAUUGUAGUUUCAAGUCUCGUACUAAUAGGAUAUCUGGAUGAAAAAGUGCGUGAUAUGGUUUACUGUACGGAAAACGUGCACGACACUUUUAUGUGCACUUUUAAUGUAUUAACGAUAGGAGAUGAUGACUGUAUGAUGACACGUCAGAUUGCUGCGGAUUUGUUGAGACGACUAGUAGUAUCUGAAAGUCCCACAACACCGGGUGUACCAACUUUAGCAUCUACUGGAAAACAUGUGCUGGAUUAUGGAUUUUUCAUUGGAAGUAUACAACAGACGGCACGAUUAUUAGUUGUUUUGGAUCCGAGAACUGAGGAGAGCUCAAAAAUCUAUGAUUUGCUAUUAGCGUUCUGCUCACUACAGCAGCUAAGAGUACCGGUGUGCCAAGCGAUCAUACGUUGCCAACCGACAGAAACUCAACUGACAACUCCUUUAAUGGCUAUUGCUGAAACUGCAUCGCUGCCACGUUCAAAGUUUGGGGAGUUGGCUGAAAAUACGACAUUGAAAGCGUUGAAACUUCUAACUCAUUUAUUGAAAGAGUGUAUAGAGCCGCAUGAACAAAUGCCUGAAAUCGGGAUUCCACGGGAACAGCUACAUGAGUUGAUAGCAGUUUGCUUAGAUGAAAAACUGGAAUUUGGAGACGAACCUUCCGGAUUUUCGGAUAGAAUUCAAAAAGUUCAGCUCGGACUUCGACUUGCCGAAGUGUUAUCUCAUGACGAGCAGUGUCGGCAUCAUCUUCUGACUAUAUGCUCCGCCCAUUUUUGCCAACAAAUCGCCACCUGGCAAUUUUCGAAAAAUCCUGUUGUCGGUCAUUUGACGAAACCUGUGAAGGAACGAACGGAGGUUCUGGAACCGGUCUGGACGGUUCAUGGGAUAGGAGUCAUUCUGGAGUUGUGCAGGUUGUUGGCAGUGUUGAAGGACCACUCGAAAGUACACAAAGAUCAGUACUGGCAACUGCUGAAAGACGAGCGGAUAAUACCGUUUUUGGCGUACGGUAUCUCGUAUGGUGACCAGGAAACUGUACAACAAGCGUUUUUGACAUAUUCACAUUGUGCACAAGUUCCUGCGUUUCCUAGUCAUUUACUAGCCGAAAUGGUCGCAUCAUGCAAGUCCUCUAUUUCUACCGCUUCUUUAUCUAACCUUGAUCCACAAAAAGAGACUCCUGAAUUACGAAGACGUCAAACUUCAGAAGAUCGAAUAAGUGCAUCUGGCGAAGUAAUGUUUUCAGAUGAAAGAUCAUCACAGAAGGCGUUAGAUGACCUUCUUCGGAGAUUCACACUUGAAGGAUUGCCACUGAAAGAUGCAAAAACGACAGAGCUAUUUGCCGCCUACGAUAGAAAGAUUCAAAUGUUACAGCUGAAAGAGAAAGAAUUAGAGCAACAAUUGGAAAGUGCGCACAAUCGACCAGUGCAUGUUUCACAUGAUAACGACACUGCAAAAAUCCGUGAACUAAAACUUGAGUGUGAGAACCUACGAGACCGAAAUAAUCAGUUAGCAGAUCAGGUGACACGUGGCAAUUUGGAAAUGGAGAAAUUAAAAGGGGAAAUGAAAGAAGUGAAGAUGAAGAGUGAAACCAUGGAACAAAGUCUUGGAAUGUGUAUAUCGGAGAAAAAUGCACUAAAAACACAACUAAGUGAAGCUCUCGGUACCACCGAACGGACAGCUCUAAAUGCGCAAACAGAAAUCUCAAAGUUGAAUUCGGAUUUAGCACAGAAUGUGACGAGACUUGAGUUUUUCCUGAAUGAAAACAAAGAAUUAAAACGGGAUUUUGAAGAAAAAAUAGUUGAAUGCGAAGUGCUGAAAGAACAUAUCCUCCAAAUCGACUCAGAAUUGAAAUCGAAGCGAACCGAACUGGAACGGGUUCAUACUAUGAUUUCUGUGGCCGAUCAAAAAAUAGCCGCGAAAGAGAUGGAAUUGAAUGAAGCAGAUAAUCAUUUGAAACUCUACGAAUCUCGUCUGUCUGAUCGUGAAAGUGAUUUGAAGUCGGCUCACUCUGAAAUUGAUCGCAUUCGAAAAGAUUUGGAGUCGACGAAAAGGAGUCUUCAAAAAUUGGAACAAAUGAGAGAAGCGAUGCUUUCGUUGGCAUCUGGUCCACCAUCUUGA